UCCGCGCGCGCGUGUCGCUGCGCUGCGCGGAGCCCUGUAGCGUGUUCUCGGGAGGGACCGGGACUCGUGAUGGUUCUCCUGCCACUGCUGUUCGUAGCAGCCUCUCUGGGAGAGGUGAGGACUUCAGCUGAUGAACAAGCUGGUAAAGAAGAAACGAUCCAAAUAGAUUUACCAAAAAUCAGACCGAGGCUGUAUGGGCUAGUGACUCCGAUCAGCACCAGUGCAGAUGGAAGCUUUAUCUCCAAUAUUCUUUCUGCAAACCAUCAAAGAAGAUUAACAAGGGAUAUAUCCCAAAGCCCCAAACAACUGUAUUUUAACAUCACAGCUUUUGGAAGGGAAUUCCAUCUCAGGCUGAAGCCUAACACUCAUCUGGUGGCUCCAGAGGCUGUAGUGGAAUGGUAUGAAGACUCUGUGGAAAGUGGAAAUGGAACUGAGGCUGAUAACAAAAGUCAGACUAGAAGCACAAAAGAGCGGAUAUGGAAAAAAGAGCCUCUGUGGACCAAUUGUGCGUAUGUUGGCGACAUCACUGAUAUCCCGGGAGCAUCUGUUGCUAUUAGCAACUGUGAUGGUCUGGCUGGAAUGAUAAGAACUGAUAAGGAUGAAUAUUUCAUUGAACCUUUGGAACGAGGCAAACAAAUGGAAGAAGAGAGAGGAAGAAUUCACGUGGUCUACAGGAGAACAGCUGUAACACAAGAUCCUGGUGACAUGCUCCUAGACUUCCAUACGGAAG